AUGCUUCUCACCCCAGCAAUCCUCCUUGGAUUCAUCUCUCUAGCAUCCGCCCACAGCCGAGUGACAAAUUUCGUAAUCGAGGGUGCAUCCUACCAAGGCUUCAACACACGAUCCUCAAACCCCAAUAUCCUCGCAGCAUGGAGCACCACAGUCAAGAACGAUGGUUGGAUCAGCACCGAGAGCUACGGCAAACCUGACAUCGUCUGCCAUGUCAAUGCGACCAACGCUCAGGGGCAUGCACCCGUUGCUGCUGGUGACACGGUUGACUUUCAAUGGCAAGGCUGGCCCGAGUCACACCAUGGCCCGGUCAUCACGUACCUCGCUUUCUGCGGCAUCGACAGAGGGUCCUGUGAGUCCAUCGACAAGACAAAGUUGACCUUUUUCGCGAUUGACAAGGUUGGACUGGUUGAUCCGAGUCUUAAUGCCACGAGUUUCGCAACGGCGUGGGGUAUUUGGGCGAGCGACAUCCUCAUCCGCAAUAAUGCGACCUGGGUGGUACAGAUUCCACCCAAGAUCCAGUCGGGUCACUACGUACUUCGACAUGAAAUUAUCGCUCUCCAUUUUGCUAGGUAUCCAGGGCUAGGCGCGCAGCACUACCCGCAGUGUGUCAACAUUGAGGUUACUGGCGGCGGGAGCGACGAGCCCGCUGGAACGUCGGCUGUAGACUUGUAUAAGCCGGCGGAGGAUGGGUUGAUCUAUGCUAUCUCCCAAUCGCCUACUGGGACGUACAAGAUCCCGGGGCCGACGAUGUACACCGGCGCAGCGGCUUUCGUCUCUCAGACUGGGGUGACGGUCCGUUCAUCGGCGACUGCGAUACCUGGCCGACCGACUGCGACUUAG